AUGUCGGCCAACACUCAGUCCACAGCUCUUGUCAAUCCAUAUGCGGGUUACAAAAUUCAGCCCGAAUUCAUCACCCUUGAUCCUGAGUCUCCUCAAGAGCUCCGCAAAGGGGAAGUGAUAGCUUGUGCUCUAGACGGCUUCAUGUUUCUCAAAGGGACCAAAUAUGCAUACCUCCAUCAAGGUGCUGAUGCGUAUUGGUGGAGGGGCAUCAUUGCAUUUGGAUUUGUGACGCCGCUGUGCGGCUCUUUCAAAUACUUCACGUGGUCGGGACAUUGGGGGGCUGACUGGGAAGAGAAGCAUUUAGAAACCAUCAUAAUUACAAACAUUGUCCAUAUAUCCAAGGAAAGGAACAUCAACUGGCAAAAUGGGACGGAGGACAUACUCUGGAUAGAAACAAAACAUGGCUAUAGCUACGCUUUGCUGGAGCCCAACGCGCAGUACGAUGGGGGCUAUUGGCGACCGGUAACGGAGUCUUGGGCAAGUACCUCGGCUGAUGGUGUUUCAGCUAAUCCUGCCUUCAAACCACUGCCGUGGCAUAGCCCAAGGCCUGCAUGGUGGGACGCAUUGGGAGACGAGCAAUGGGAGUACCUCGUCAAUACAUACUGGAAGAGUGACGCUUCCGAGGCGUGGUCGGAUUUGCCAACUGCUGAUGAUCAGUCGCAAGCAAACUUGGAAACCACGGUUGCCGCUUCAUCCCUGCCGCCUCCGGAAUAUAUCACUGUGGACUCCGGAUCGUCAAGUGAGGAGGAACCAGCUGUGGUGCUUGUCCGGACCAAGCCGCCAGUGACCAAGGGCGAAAAACAAGUAAACAGGAAGAAGAAACAAAAAGCCUCAAGUCAAUUUGGUGCACGGUUGUCAUCAAAGUCAAGCAAGAAAACGAAAUACAAGAAGUUCAAGGUGAUCAACGCUCCUGACUCGGGUGAAGAGAAGGUUACCACAUCUGUCAGGGCCUCUCGGGGCGAGGCAUCCAAAUUGCCUUCCCAAGCACAUCUGGGAAAGGGUAAGGCACGCCAAGCUCAAGAUAAUAACCAGAAGCAAAGAGUAUACUCUGGUCAAGGAGAGGCUUCCACUUCUCAGAAAAGAAGAGUCACAGAGCCGAUCUAUGUUGAAUCCAGCUCAGACAAGGAUGAGAAAACCCUUUCUUUGCCCGUCUCAGAUUUGCCAUCUGCAAGCAUAGAACUUUUGGAAAUAGGGAGUAUCGAUUCUCACAUGACCUUCCCCAGCAAUUUCAAACUCACUCCUUACAUCGAGCCAUUCAGCUCUAGAUACCUUGAAGCAUACUUUUCGUCGCCCGAAUACUGUUAUGUCUUGCUUCAGUCUUCAGUCACCCACCUUCCUCGACCCUUGUUUGCUAAAGGGGGCUUUAACAAUGUUACAGAUCAUUGGAUCCCCAACUUCCUGCUUUAUCAAUAUCUAAAGAGUUACUGGAAGGACGAUGUGUGGGAGGUGAAUUUAAAAAAGAACGUUGUUAAACAGGAGCAAGACAAACUGGUUGACGACGUACAAGAGGAAACGGAGUCAUGCGUCUCAAUCCCUCAGAGUAUGCUGGAUAAAGGGGACAUCUUCCCAUGUCCGCGGUGUGUGUCUGAGCGUGGCUUGACUUCAAUCGGAUACUUCAUCAAUCAAGGACACAAGGCGACAAUGAGGGUAGCACCAACAUGCUCAUUGAUUCUGGUGAUAUAUCACCUCAAGGUAUUCCAACAUUUGGCAGAGUCGCUGUGGCGCCAAUUGCAUGCUGCCUUGGCGGCUUUUCACGUCACCGUAGCCGCUGAAACGCGGCUUAUACACAAAGAGUUUAGAGAAGGCGAGUCAGCACACCUGCUUGACGAGAUAGAUGCAAAUCGCCCUUUCCACCUUGCCAUUGUUUUUCUUACUGAAGGAGAUCCGCAAGGCGGAUGGUGGCAUACUUCUCAACACGGCAAUCAGAAGAGCUCGAGCGUCGCAGAAGAUCAAUUUCUCGAGACGUGCCUAUAUACGUUAAGAAAGAUUGCCCGAAGAGCAUUGACCGCUCGCGUUUUUGGUGUGUCCUGCGGGUUUAACCUGCAAACUAAAGGCUCUCUGAAUAGGAUUAAGGAAUAUCUGCAGCGUACUGCCUUCACGUCUAUUGUGCUCCCAAGCACUUGCUCCCUGCUCAUGUGCGAGUAUCUGGCCGAGCAGAAGCUGCCGCUCAACGUCCGGCAGGUUCAGUAUGCGCCUAUAGCUUUACGACCGCUGGGUGUACAGCUACCCGUGGCUCGAGCCAUAUGUGGAUGCUUGGAGAACCUGCAAACCAACUGGGCGUUUAAGAAGCAGCUUCCUAACGGACCUGAGAUUAUAUUUAUUUAUUGUUCCAGAUGCUGCGGAAUGGAGCUACAGGUUGGAAUAUUCCCUGGCUCGCGGAAACAAUUGGUCUAUCAUGAGGUGACCUUCAUGUCCGAGGUUUGGGACACAAACAAGCGUCUUUUUGGGUUUCAUCCGUCAAGAAACGUUCGCAUGAAGUUAUUGCCCCCAAAUGAAGAAAAAAAGCCUUACCCAGUGGACAUUGGUCAGAUGUGGACUAAGGCGGGGUCAAAAGCGUUGGCUGUUGAGUCCAGUAUGAAUGUAGCUGAGUAA